GAUCCAAAGAUGAGUAUUGGCCAAAAUAGACAUUAAUGAAUGGAAUUACUUCACCUUUUGAUUAAAGGAAAGAGUGGAGGAGUGGGAGAAGGAUUUGGUGCUGAAGAAUAUAAGCAUACAAUUUAGUUUAAAACCACUAAUUGUGAUUAGGUUGGAUCAGGUACUAUAAAUCAAGACAAUUCUCAGCCACCUUUUAAUUUUUUUCUUUUCUUUUCUUUUUUUUUUCUCUCCAAAUUUGAUUCUUUAAUAAGUUCAAUCUGGUGCUUGUCAUUUCUCCUUCACAGUAAUGGCGAAGUGAAAAGACAUCAAACAGCAAUAUCUUUCUUUCUUGCUUGCUUUCAUUUGGUAUCUUUCUCUCCCAUCUCUAUUCCACUGUCCUUUCCCGCAUCCAAAGACUGGAGCCACUUUAAACAGCUCCUCUAUCCCUAUGAUUCUUUUUCUCAAAAUAUUAAGCCUAUGCCCUUAUCUCUUCUUACCAUUAAAAGCUCAUAACCAAGAAAUUCCCAUCACUCUUCUUGCAGACUACUAUUACCAGCUCAGUAAGUUGUCAGAGAGGGUACCUUUUCUUUUCUUUUCUUUAAUGUCCUUUUUCUAGUAGGAAUUCCAAUCAGAUCAACAAGAAUCAAAACAAAAGAAUAACACUUUUUUUCUGUCUUCCCUUUAUGUUCCUCUUUUAAAGCAUCAAAACCCAUCCUUCAUUAAUUUCAAAGCCUUGCAGAGAAAUUCAACAAUAAGAAUUAAGAAAAGGGCCUUGUUUCUAUACAUAUACAAAGUUUGAUGAGCCCUUUACUUUCAAUUUCCUUCGUUGUUCGAUUUGAUGCUAAGAAACAAUGGAGCAACGAAAUCUCCAGCCUUUUCGCAUAAAACCCAUCAAAGAUUGAGGUCAAAGGAAGUUGUAUAAAGGCACAAAAGAGCGUACCUACUUGCUAUAGUGCUUGUGAACACAGCAAUGGCAAUGGUAAGUAGUCUUCAUCAUCGUCCUCAUCGGCUACUCCUCAAUACAGAAUCAAAUACACCACCAAUAAAUGGAAGCAGAAUUCGAAGCUAUACGAAUGAAGCCAAUUUUGACACAAACAUGGUGAUAAUUCUAGCAGCUUUACUCUGUGCAUUAAUAUGUGCACUUGGCCUAAACUCAAUAGUACGUUGCGCUUUAAGAUGUAGCAGAAGGUUUGCUUUUGAGACUCCUGAUGAAGCAGCAGCUCGUCUGGCUGCAACAGGACUUAAAAAGAGUGCACUGCGACAGAUCCCCGUGGUCAUAUAUGGAGCAGCAGGAAUACAAAUAAUAGCAACAGAUUGUGCAAUUUGCCUUGGAGAGUUCUCAGAUGGUGAAAAAGUGAGAGUUCUGCCGAAAUGUAAUCAUGGUUUUCAUGUAAGGUGUAUAGAUACAUGGUUAGGAUCACACUCUUCUUGUCCAACUUGCCGACAGUCAUUACUUGAGCAACCUGCACCAGGAAAUUCUGAUGCUACAGAACCUGAUGUGGAGAUCAGGAGCCAUGGAAAUGGAGCAGUAUUACAAACUGAUGUGCCUAUGUCUUCUGAUGAGGUAGGUUAAUUAAUUGAAUCCUGCUUUCAAGAGAUUCAUCGCUGAGGGGAACAGUAAAGGGUUCUUCUUGUUCUUGAUCUUCUUCCUUUAGGAAGGAUACUUUUUAUUUUUUAUUUUUUAAAAUGUUAUUAGCCGGUUGAUGUAACUAUUAUUAUGAAUGCAUAGAGAGAAAGAAAUAUGCGGUCUGAAACUUCAGUGAAGGAUCCAUGUGGAGGUUUCUGAGGAAAAAUAUGUUUGGUGGAUAAGAAAAUGAUCCUGAAGAGGCUUCUUUGUUUGCUUAUGCUUUGGAAUUUCAUGAGCUUUCCUAGAAUUUCAAAGAAAAAGAAAAAAGUCUCCAUCUCGAUUCUGAUU